CUCUGGUCCUCGAUUCCGCGGCCAUGUCCAAGCCAAUUUCCUUCGGUUUUGGCAAGCCGAAGCCUGCUGUAUCUUCGUCCGCCGUUGCCACAGCUACCCGCAAAACCCCCGCGUUGUCGAGCAGCCGGCCCUCGCGAACCGCUCUCCGCCAUGAUUCAGACAACGAAGAUGAAGAAGAGCCAAGGCACGAGACUCACAAGUGAAGGUGAUAGCGAAUGCCGGAAAUGCCGACUGGCGCAGACAUGGGCGAAGAAAUUUACUUCCUGCGGAUGUCCAAGUACAACAGCAGAACGGCGAUGGCGUUGUCAUGGUAGAGCGAGACGAAGUUAGUAAUGCUAGUGGGCUGCAAUUCGCGGACAAGAACAAUGAGGAGAGAGAACAUCAGACAAAUGGUGAUCAACAGUCGCAGGAGAAACAUACUGUUGAACGGCCGGAGCAGCUGACGGCAGACGAGGAAGCCUUGCAAGCACUGUUGGACGAUGGAUCCGGCAAAGCAAGGUCUAAUGCUGUCAUAUCAAUACAGGGAAACAGACAGCUUUCGCCUCAAGACGAGACGCAAGACUUCAGGGACGACGUCGCUUCCAGGCCGGAUUCAAGCACCCUCGAAGAGUACGCCGCCAUGCCUGUAGAAGAGUUUGGGAUGGCUAUGCUGAGAGGGAUGGGCCAAAAACGCCGUGCCAACGGAGAGAUUAUCGAUCUCGCUCCAAAGUCUGACGAGAAUCCACGAAAAGUCCGCAAGCAUGAAGGCUUUCUCGGAAUUGGGGCAAAAGCAGCCCCUGGAUCAGAUAUCGAGCUGGGUGCGUGGGGAAAGGCUGACAUGCGAAAAAAUACAAGAGGAGAGGGGUUUUUUACACCACUGAUGCGCGAGAACAAGGCCACUGGGGAACGCAUCUCAGAGGACGAGUUCCAGAAAAGAGUGAAGGAGUCGCGGGGUGCCAAACCAGAGGAAGAUUGGAGGCAGCGCAGGGAUCGUAACCUGGAGAUCAGUGGUCGGGAUCGGCAUCAAGAAAAAGACUCACCAAGAAAUGGGACCGAUGACUACCGAGAGCAGAUGAAUUCGUUUUCUCGCUCCAGCUCUUCGAGGCGAGACCGAGACGGACGUGAUGAUUCCCGUUCAAAGAGGGACAGAGAUGACAGAGAGUAUGGAAAUCCGCGGUCAAGACGUGAUGAUGACAGGUCACGAGAUCGAAGGCAAGACGAGGAUGAUCAAGAUGACCACGAUAGCCGACGUCGAGCCAAACAUCGGGACCGCUAUCGAGAUGAAGACCGGUACGACUCCAGUUCGUCUCACCGAAGUCACAAGGACCGGGACCGGGACCGGGACAGAGAUAGGUACAGGGAAAGAGAGGGCGAUCGCCGCCACCGGGACAGAUAAUGUCGAGUUCCCAGGGAAGAAAAUAUGGGAAGAGCAACCGCCGAAGCUUCCAUAGACAGUAGGUUUACGCUCCGAGAGAAUAUGAAUACCCAUUAUGACCCUUU